AUGAACUCUGACGGACCUGUGCAAGAGCACGGGAAACGGCGCGUCGCCUACUACUAUGACUCGAACAUUGGCAAUUACUACUACGGCCAGGGUCACGUAAUGAAGCCGCACCGUAUCCGCAUGACUCACCAUCUAGUGCUCAACUAUGGACUCUACCGCAACUUGGAAAUAUUCGUAAGUUCUUGAAAAAUCAUGAAAAAUCGAUUGAUUUCGAAUGAUUCAUUUUUCCAGCGCCCUUUCCCGGCUUCCUUCGAGGAUAUGACUCGUUUCCACACUGACGAGUACAUGACCUUCCUGAAAAGUGCCAAUCCCGACAAUUUGAAGUCGUUCAACAAGCAAAUGCUAAAAUGUACGUUUCAAAUGAACACUCCUCGCCUCAUUCUAUGAAAAGUUUCAGUCAAUGUCGGCGAGGACUGCCCACUUUUCGACGGACUUUACGAGUUUUGCCAACUGAGCUCGGGAGGCUCUCUUGCUGCAGCUACGAAGCUCAACAAGCAAAAGACCGACAUCGCCAUCAACUGGAUGGGUGGUCUGCAUCACGCCAAGAAGAGCGAAGCCUCCGGUUUCUGCUAUACGAAUGACAUCGUUCUCGGUAUUCUGGAGCUGCUCAAGUACCAUAAGCGUGUCUUGUACGUCGAUAUUGAUGUGCAUCACGGAGACGGUGUUGAGGAGGCUUUCUACACUACCGACCGUGUCAUGACCGUCUCCUUCCAUAAGUACGGAGACUUCUUCCCGGGAACCGGAGACCUCAAGGACAUAGGAGCCGGAAAGGGAAAGCUUUACUCGGUGAACGUGCCGCUCCGCGACGGAAUCACUGACUCUGCUUACCAGAGCAUCUUCAAGCCGGUCAUGACCAAAGUCAUGGAGCGUUUCGAGCCCAACGCCGUCGUCCUACAAUGUGGGGCCGACUCUCUGAACGGAGACCGUCUCGGACCAUUCAAUCUGACUCUGAAGGGCCAUGGAGAAUGCGCUCGUUUCUUCCGCAGCUACAACAUUCCACUGAUGAUGGUCGGAGGAGGAGGAUACACUCCUCGCAACGUGGCACGCUGCUGGACUUAUGAGACUUCAAUCGCUGUCAACAAAGAGGUGCCAAACGAGCUGCCGUACAACGAUUACUUCGAGUACUUCGGACCCCACUACCGCCUUCACAUCGAGGCUUCGAAUGCUGCCAACGAGAACAAUGCGGAUAUGCUGACCAAACUUCAAGCCGAUGUGAUCGCCAACCUUGACAAACUCACUUUCGUUCCGAGUGUGCAAAUGAGACGUAAGCCAUCCAUUUCCUAUUUUUUGUUACCGAAUCUCUUUUUUUAGCAAUUCCGGAAGACGCUCUCCAAAAUUUGAACGACGACUCGAUGUUGGUCGAUAUGGCCAACCCAGACAAGCUUCUCCCGUCCGAAGUAACAGAUCGGAUGAUUCAGGACGAUGGAGACUUCUACGACGGCGAACGGGAAGGAGAUGACAGACGGAAUGAGAGUGACGCCAAGAGGGCGGCCAGUUUCGAAGCCGAAGGAUCCACGGAGAAGCGUCAGAAGACUGAGGUAAACGGGCAUUCACGAACUACUUCCAUAAACUAAUCUCUUUACAGUAA